UGCUCAUCAUUGCUGUCGCCGUCGUUAACGAACGUAGAAAGAAGACAGAAAGCUUUCUCAAUGCAAAAUUUUCUCAACUGUUAUUUUGUGUUUGUGUCGACGGAAAAUAUUGAGGAAAAUUGAUUUUUUUGCCAAAAAUUUAGAAAGUUUCAAUUAUGGAGAAUGUAGAGCUGUACGAAAUUCUUGGAGUGAAUAAAAAUUCAACAGAUGCUGAAAUUAAAAAGAAUUAUCGAAAAUUGGCGAAAGAAUUUCAUCCGGACAAGAAUCCAGAAGCUGGUGACAAAUUUAAAGAAAUAUCAUUUGCAUAUGAGAUACUUUCUGAUCCAGACAAACGUAAAAUCUACGAUCGCUAUGGACUGAAAGGGCUACAAGAAGGCAGUGAUGGUUUCGGCGAUGCGUCAGAAUUUUUCUCCCAUUGGUUUCCAUUCAGUGGCGGUCAUAGUCAUAGUAGUGGUGGCGGUGGGGGCAAUAGUCGAGCGCGUGCAGCAGCACAAGUCGUUAAAAAACUAGAAGUAACACUUGAAGAAUUGUUCAACGGCAAUGUCUCAAAGUCUAUUGAAUACACACGGACUUCCUAUUGUGCGGCAUGCGAUGGUGAAGGUGGACCGAAAACUAAUAUGGAACAAUGUAAAGCGUGCAAUGGCACUGGUCGUACUGCAAACUACUCAUUUAUGGGUGCUUUUGUAAACGCAUUUGAGUCCACCUGUCCGUCCUGUUAUGGACGUGGCACAACCAUACCAGAAGAUUGCCGCUGCUCCACUUGUAGCGGCAGUGGCUUAGUGGAAGAAGAGGUAAAGCAAGAAGUGCCUAUUGAGAAAGGUGCACCAAAUAUGUUGAAAGUACUAUUCGCAUCAGCGGGAAAUCAGCCUUUGGUAGGCGAGCGUGGCGAUCUUAUAGUAGUUUUAGUGCAAGCCGAACAUCCCGUUUUCAUACGACGACAAAACGAUUUAUUCCUGCGUGAUAUACACAUAAAUGUUACCCAAGCAUUAUGUGGAUUUGUGCAUUGCUUCCAACAUCUAGAUGGACGCUCCAUAUAUAUCACAAAUAAACCAGGCGAUGUUAUAAAGCAUGCCGAACUAAGGGUGGUCACCGGUGAGGGUAUGCCUUUGCGCAAUAAUCCCUUUGAACGUGGCGAUUUAUUUGUGGAAUUCAACAUUGACUUUCCUGAUGAUAAUUUCGCGACUAUAGAACAAAUGCAAUUGCUGGAGACGCUACUACCACCACGCCCACCCUUCACAAUGCCGGAAGACGCAGAAGAAGUUGUGAUGAUGGAAGUGCCACCCUAUGGUGAAGGAAGUCAUGCUGGUGCACAUGGUGGCAUGGAUGAUGACGACGAAGAUGGUACACCACAUUUCGAUAGUGUACAAUGUCAAACGGGAUAAAGCGCAGAGUGUAACGUAAAACGUAAAGCGCAGCUAUAUGUAUGUGUAGAUGUAGUUGAAAAUAUUGUGACAGUUGUAAAGGCAAAUUUUUGGUGCGAAUACGAAAUUUUGCGCAUGCAGUAUGCAGUACGAUGAAAACGACCAUGAUGAAAAACCUAACCAAUGAUAAAAAUAUAAUUGAUAAUAAGCGCGUAAAAGUAAUGUGUAUUGCAUACGUAUGUACGUAGUGUGCUACGUUCAGUUAGUUUUUCUUAUAAUUUCACUUUCUUCUUUUACGUUACAUUGUAUGUAUGCACUUUUUGGACUUAACAUAUUUUUGAAACAUUCAAUUUGAACGUUUUUGUUUCACUUACACAUUAUCAUUUACUUACUGUAAUAAUAUAAACGCGAUGUAUGUUGUAAACAAUACGAUUGGCGAGAGAAAUGUUAUUUUAAUUCGGCAGCGUGCUGAGCACUGCUAAACAAAUUCUAAUUUGUUGACCAAGACUAAAUAUCUUUAAAUUAAUAAAUAUACUAAAAUAAAUACUAAAAAUGUGCACAUUCCGCAAGGAUUAAUGGAAUGUAAAUAUUUAGCGAUUUAUUGAAAUGAA